CUGCGGGCCGUCGCCUCCCCGGGCUGCGGCGAGCCGGGCCGGCGAGCGUCACCGCCCUGCGCGCUCCCUCUCUCGCUCCUGACUGCGCGGGGCCGGCGUGCGACUGCCGGAGCGAGGGAAACCGAAACCGAAGCGGGUCGUUCCCCUCCCCGGGCCGCCAGGCAGGCGCACGGGAGCCGGGAGCCCGCAGCCGCGGAGCCGGGAGCCGCGCGCAGAGCCGGGACCGCGGGCGCCGCAAUCGCGGGUGUUCAGGCCGCUGCAGCGGCGGCCCCUCCCUCCUUCCUGUCGAGUCGCGGGGCGGCGGGGCCCGGCUCGCUAGCGGCGAGCACAAUGGGCAGGUGCUGCUUCUACACGGUCGGGACGCUGUCCCUGCUCCUGCUGGUGACCAGCGUCACGCUGCUGGUGGCCCGAGUUUUCCAGAAGGCCGUGGAGCAGACCAUCGAGAAGAAUAUCGUGUUAAGGAAUGGUUCCGAGACCUUUGAUUCCUGGAAGAAGCCCCCUCUGCCUGUGUAUAUCCAGUUCUAUUUCUUCAAUGUCACCAAUCCAGAGGAGAUCCUCAGAGGGGAGACUCCCCGGUUAGAAGAAGUGGGCCCAUAUACCUACAGGGAACUUCGAAACAAAGCAGAUAUUCAAUUUGGAGAUAAUGGAACAACAAUAUCCGCUGUUAACAACAAGUUCUAUGUUUUUGAACGAAAUCAAUCUGUUGGAGAUCCUAAAAUUGACUUAAUUAGAACAUUAAAUAUUCCUGCAGUGACUGCCAUGGAAUGGGCCCGGCUCAGCUUCCUCCAGAAGUUCAUCGAGGCCCUGCUGAAGGCCUAUCAGCAGUCGCUGUUUGUGACACACACCGUGGACGAACUGCUCUGGGGCUACAAAGAUGAGAUCCUGUCCCUCAUCAGUGUUUUCAAACCGGAGAUCUCGCCCUAUUUUGGCCUGUACUAUGGGAAAAAUGGGACUAAUGAUGGAGACUAUGUUUUUCUAACUGGAGAAGACAAUUACCUUAACUUUACAAAGAUUGUGGAAUGGAAUGGAAAAACGUCACUUGACUGGUGGACAACAGAUAAGUGCAAUAUGAUUAAUGGGACAGAUGGAGAUUCUUUUCAUCCGUUAAUAAACAAAGAUGAAAUUCUUUAUGUCUUCCCAUCUGAUUUUUGCAGAUCAGUGUAUAUAGCCUUCAGUGACUUUGAGAGUGUGCAGGGACUGCCCGCUUUUCGGUAUACGGUGCCUAAAGAAGUGCUAGCCAAUACCUCGGACAAUGCCGGCUUCUGUAUACCUAAAGGAAACUGCCUGGGCUCAGGAGUUUUGAAUAUCAGCGUCUGCAAGAAUGGUGCGCCUAUUAUUUUAUCUUUCCCACACUUCUACCAAGCAGAUGAGAGGUUUGUUUCUGCCAUAGACGGCAUGCAUCCAAAUAAGGACUAUCAUGAGACAUUUGCGGACAUUAAUCCUUUGACUGGAAUUAUUCUAAGAGCUGCCAAGAGGAUCCAAAUCAACGUUUAUGUGAGAAAGUUUGACAACUUUGUUGAAACGGGAAACAUUCAAACCAUGGUUUUCCCAGUGAUGCAUAUCAAUGAGAGUGUUCUCAUUGAUAAAGAGGCUGCGAGUCGACUGAAGUCUGUGAUAAACACUACUUUGAUCAUUACCAACAUACCCUACAUUAUCAUGGCGCUGGGUGUGUUGUUUGGUUUGAUCUUCACCUGGCUUGCAUGCAGAGGACAAGGAUCCAUGGAUGAGGGAACUGCAGAUGAAAGAGCACCCCUCAUACGAACCUAACUGUGGCCUGAGCUUGGGAAAGGAACCAUGUGAGCUGUCCUCACCUGGACCACAAUGUGCGGAAACUAUCCAUGUCUUCACGGGCAUGGUGCCUGCUGCAGAGAGGAGGGAGGAAACCCCGUGCUGGCAAGUGACGAGAACAUUCUGGCAGGAGGUUAAAGAACAGACUGACGUGGUUGGCCAUUAGGCUUUAUAAAAUUGUUUUGUUUUUCAUGUGUCUAGCAAGUAUUUAAUAAACUCUUGUAUAGUAAUUUUUUUUGCUGUUGGGUGCUGGUAGCUCCAGAAUUUUGUGACCACUGUUGUGGUUGAAAUGUGUCUGCAUCACUUGUUAAUGUCCUUGGUCUAACCUUAUUCAGUAUGCUUCAUUUACCAAACUUUGUGCUCAAAAUAUAUAAAUCUUCUUUUAUGUGGCAUUCCCCCAUUCAUUUCACCCCCCAACAGAAGUCAAUAAGAGUUCGGAACCCAGGGUAAAAUAGUAGCCUCAUUCAAUACAUCACUAAAAUGCAUCUGAAUUUCCCUUUUUAAAAAGUUACAUGAUCAUAUUUCGUAUGCUAGCCUUCAGUUCAUAAUUCCUCCAGGAAAGUAAUUCAAUCUUUUGACUACUUUCAAACUGUCUGGGAACCAAGCAGGGAAGGGGUGGGGUGGGCUGAGGUAUGCAGUGGGACCUCAAGUUGAUUAUGCAGGAUAACCCUCAAGUUGAUUGAUAGUGAUAAGCACCUGAGGAUUUUUUACUCGUACCUUUGUGAAUGGAGAGAAUGCACAGAUUAUGUUGGUGAGGACAAGUACAGAUAUUUCAUAGGAGUAGAAGUAAAUGCUAGUUAUGACCUUUGUGAGUAGUUUGUUGUUUUUUUAAUCAGAAGCAUCUCGAUGUGGAAAGGUGCUUCUGGGAGGAAUCAUCAGUAACUGAUUUUUUCCUCCAGUCACCCUUGCCAAACUUGAUACUCUAUUAAUUUGCAAUAUUAUUGCGAGACUUUGUAAAAUUAUUUAUGAAUAUGAGAACUCCAUCCAUCCACAGCCUGUUACACAUACAUUUUGGGAAGUCUGACUGCACUAACAAGAUGUUUCUUCUGGGGAAGUCUCCUUGGGAACUUUGAAAUUGUUUUUGUAAGUUGUUUUUCUUUCCUCACAUUUGGUCUCUUCCAGUGUUCUGUGGGUCACUGUCACUUACUGAAGAGAGAAAAACGUGCCCUACACUUCCUGUGACAAUCAUUUUGCUGACAGAAUGAAUGAUGGUGUUUUAAAAUAUUGCACAAAAAAUGCUUUAACGGAAGCUCCAGAAGCAUUGUCUUCUCCUCAGAAGACCUCUUGACUUUGAAUGAACCCUAAGUCAGUCAGAUUGGACCACCAUAUGUCACAAAAUCCAAGCCCGUUUAAGAGCAUUUUCUUUGACUAGUGAAGUUCACCAUUCAUUUUUGAUCAGGAAACCUACAUAGUUAUCCAGCAAAAAGCACAUAGAAUUUCUUAACAACUGAAUCAUCUUAUAGGAUUUUCUGUAUAAAACUGGAGUUUAACAUAAGCAAAUGAAGAAAAAAGCCAUGCGUUUCACAAAUAACAGCUGCUGAUCCCUGUAUAGAGAUAAUAAAUCCCAUCACUUGCCCCAAUUUCCUUCCCUGUACACUAAAGCAACAUGUGAUAUAUUCCCUUCUUGAAGGGGCAGUUCAUUAAACAUUCACCUUCUCUAUAAAUUAGGAUAGAAUCUGUUAAUAUCCCAAAUCACCAAAAUGUAAAACACUGAAUUGCAGAUAUUCUGUCAAUAAUACCAAACAUCUAGAUUUGUAAAUUGUAUCAAUAUUUAACUAUGUAAUUGGCACACCUUAUUCUUUAAUGCACUCACUUACCCACAUAUAAGCCAGUGCAUAUUUAUUGGUUCAUCUGAUUAUCAGGAUAUAGUCACUUGUGAGGAGGAAAUUUUUAAAUACUAGGAAUGGUAACAGGUGAUGUACACUUUAGACUGAAUCCCACACAGGUGAGGAGACCAAAUGCAUAUUAACUUCCAUACAAUUCUGAAUAGUCAUUUGGCUUAAAAUCACAUUUGAUAUCAUCUUUCUGAAAAAUCUGUGGCAAACCCAUAAACUGCAGCCAAGAUUAUAUAGAUUGAUUAAGAACUAAUGUACAUAUUUGGUCUUAGGUUGAAAAUAACAAGCUAUUCCUCAUGCUUAUACUCUUGGAGCCAUUAUUCUGGAAAGGCCCCCAAAGUCUUUGUGAUCGUCAUAAUCCAGAAUAUGUAUUGGAUAUGGUACUAUUAUACUCACCAGGGAGAAACCAGAGAGAGGUUACCUCAUUUCUCCUGGGGAAAAUUGGGAAUUGAACACAGGACAGGAAAUGGGCCUUGCCACUUUUAGCUCAAGGCUUUUCCUACUUGACUUUAUUUUCUCAUGUUCUAGAAAGAUCACUAACGGUCAAGUGGAGCAAGUACUAUAUGACUAACCCCUAUUGGGGUUUUUACUUAAGGGAGGCUAGGUUUUUGUUUUGUUUUGUUUUGUUUCGUUUUAAUUUAAAUUGCUCGAGCUAUGAGUUCUACAAAAGGUGACCUUCACACUUGGCCCUCUGGGCAUUAUUACUAGAAUUAAUUGCUUGUGGCUAUUAAACAGAAUACUGACCAGACCGUUCUUCAUGUAGCUUCAGUAGUUGAUUCGUUUCAUGUGAUUCUUGACAUGCUUAUUUCUACCCUUAAUGCAAUGAAGUAUUUCACUAAUAAAACUGUUCAUAUGAAA